AUGGCAGGCAUCCAGGGUGCAGCUGCUGCAGAGGCUCCCUCUGAGCCCGAUCCUGAGCCUAAGGGGGAGGAGCAGGAAGGCAAUCUCAUUGAUCUCAGGGAACCUCCCCACAGGCCCCUGAGAGGAGAAUUGAGGCAAAGCCUUAAAGAUCAGGAAAAUUUACCCCUGGAGCAAAAGAACCCAACAAGACAAUUGGUGCAGUGCUGCCUUGUUUGUCGAAGGACGAACAAGACUGCUUUGCGCCGAACCCCGAUGGUUGGAAGGCCACCAGGUCUUCAGCCGUUUCAAAGCAUACAGGUGUACUUUACUGAGCUGCCCCCCAUAGGUCGUCUCAAAUACCUGCUGGUCGUAGUGGACCAUCUGACAUCUUGGGUGGAGGCUUUUCCCUCGCCCCGGGCUACUGCCCCUAUGGUGGAGGAAGGUCGUGAGUGGAGUGACCAUGGUCACUGGGCUAGGGGCCGGCCAGAGAAGGCCAAAAGGGAGGGCUGGGGGAGGGGGGCCCACAGAGAACAGGCUGCAACCCGAAGCUUCAGCUGCGAGCUAAAGCGGGCCUCGAAGUUCUGCUCCCAAAAGGAUAAAGAGGAGCCCACGGGCAGGGAGGCCCUCCGACCAAGGGCAGAGGCAGUUUCAGCCCCGAUGCCGCCUGCGCUGACGUCAUUCACACGACCUCUGGAUCCCCAGGCCCCCCAACACAGGACAGGAUUCUGUGGAAGCAACGAGAGGCAGCAGGGCAAGCCACCGGCCAUAAGACAUAAACUACUGAGGCUUGAAGCCCAAAGCACUUUCCUCUUUGCCCUCAAGCAUGAUGGCGAAGGUUUUGGCUUCGUGCCCAAGGGGAAGAUAGCCUCAGCGGCUGCUUCACGCCCUUUUUUACCCCCCCCCCAACCCUCCACCCUCAAGACUCUGCCCAGCGAUUGGGCGGCGCCCGUAGGCCAGGAAAGGUGUGCGGCGGUUGGUCCGGGUCAGGAAGGGCAGGUUUUAAAGGAGCCGGAGGUGGGAGCAGUCCGAGAACCGGGAUCAGCAGGAGGCGAAGGUUUGCCAGGCUCAGAGCCAGAGACCCUGUCUCCCCUGCCCUCCAGCCUCUUGUGGCCACGCAUGAGCCCUUGGGGCCUGGCACCACUCUUCCGCGCUGUCCGCUCUAAGCUGGGGAGCUUUGCUGCCAUCUUCCUCACCCCAACCAAAACUCUCCAGGCCCCACCCUCAAGCCCCACAUCCCCAGCCUCACCCAUGAAGCUGGAGCUGAAGACUGGCAUCUCGGAAGCCCCUGAGUCUCGGAGAGUCCAGGUAGAGGAGGGGGAGGGGCCUGUAAGCCCCCGUCCCCCCAUCCGUCGGUGGAGGGCCCGGUAUCCUGGCCUCCCUGCUGCCACCAGGUGUCGAAGCCACCCCUGCCUGGACCUGGGGCCCCCUGGGGAAAAGGGAUGUGCAUGGUCAGCCUUCCCUCCACAUCCAAAGAGGCCUUGACCCAGAAGGCACACAGUUGGGGGUGGGGAGCUGGCUCGGGCCCCACCACCUCCCCAGCCUUGCUUUCGAAAAGAGGGUUUACCCUUGGGAGGGUCAAGUGCACCCCCAAACAUUGUCGCCACCUGCUCUCCUGCUGCUUCUACUUCCUCCUCUUUCUCUGACCUGCCAGAAUCCAGGGAUUGCUCCCCACAAGGGGAGAAACAACAGCGCCCAAAGGUCUUGGUGCUGUCAGACUCUGAGACCAAGGCUGUGGGAAAGGUCUCUUGCUUUCCGAUCCACAGGACACCACCCAGGACUCAGCCCAACCUCACUCCAAUGGGGCUGCCUCGGCCAAUCAGGUUGAAUAAGAAGGAGUUCAGCCUUGAGGAAAUUUACACCAACAAGAAUUAUCGGUCCCCUGCAGCCAAACGGUCCUUUGAGACUAUCUUUGAAGAGCCACGAGAGAGGAAUGGAACCCUGGUCUUCACAAGUUCCCGGAAGCUUCGAAGAGCACUGGAAUUCCGAGAUCACAGCCUCCCUCGGCAUCGAAGACCUUCCAGGGCCGUGCGCCCUGCCCCAGGCCGAGCCCCCACCCCUGACCUCGGACCUUUGCUGCAGCAGAGGCUGGAGGAAUUAGAUGCCCUGUUGUUGCAAGAGGAAGAGGAGCCAGGCAAGGGUUAG